AUGCCAGCCUCUAUUUAUCAGACAAACCAUGGCCAGUUCAUUGCUUUUACUCAGGAUGGUGCCAUCCAGCUGACCAGUGCUCUACCUAGGGGACUACAGGCCUUGCAGCCUCUGACCAUGUCCAACUCUGGAAACUCCCAGUCUGCUGCAGCCAUCGUCCAGUAUUCCCAACAGUCAGGAGAUGGCACUCAGCAGUUCUAUAUGCAAGGCAACAAGGGGAUGGUAAAAGGUAAAUGCUCUAGACCCUCACCAUCAAGUAUUGCUGCUUCCACUGGUGACAUGUCAGGCUACCAGAUCUGCACUCCCACCUCCAGCCUGCCCCAGGGCGUUGUGAUGGCUGGCUCCCCAGGCUCCCUGCACAGCCCCCCCCACGUGGCUGACGAGACCACACGCAAGAGACAACUCCGCCUCAUGAAGAACAGGGAGGCUGCCCGCGAGUGUCGCCGAAAGAAGAAGGAAUAUGUAAAAUGUCUUGAGAAUCGGGUGGCUGUGCUCGAAAAUCAAAACAGGACUCUCAUUGAGGAACUAAAAGCGCUUAAAGACAUCUAUUGCCACAAAGUUGAAUGACCACAGACUGCUAAUGGCUUGAGGGUGUGCAACGCAGUAACAGUUUACAGAUAACUGUAAGGGUAUCCUGGAGAAUCCGCUUUGACUCGAUGUCCAGCAUCUGCUCUCACACACCAAAAUAUAAAAAAAACAACACCUCUUUUCCCGAUCCACUUGUUUAGAAGACAUGUUCCGUACUGUCGUCAUACAACAUUUUACAGUAUCUGGCCAGUUGUGGCGCGAGUACAGCGAGUAUUAUGAGGUGCCCCUGUUGCUUUUCCUUGUUGCAGGCAGGCAGCCAAAGAGUGCCGGCGGAGGAAGAGAGAGUAUAUUCGCUGUCUGGAGACUCGCCUCACCAUGCUGGAGGCCCAGAACAAGAAGCUC